AUGGGACUCGCAUUAAAGAACAUUCUGCUUUACGCCGGAGUGGCAUCCGCUGUCCCUUGGGCAGGGUCUCCUAAUGACCAGAAGCCCCUUGACCCGGCCGCUGGUCAGAAGGGCCCAUUGAAGACUGGUUCUUCUACGCAGAAACCCAACAUCAUUUUUAUCCUGACAGAUGACCAGGAUAUUGAAAUGAACUCUCUGGACUACAUGCCCUUUGUUCAGAAACAUUUGCUAGACAAGGGCACUCUAUUCCGAAACCACUUUGUCACAACCGCCCUCUGCUGCCCGUCUAGAGUCAGCCUUUGGACCGGUAGACAUUCGCAUAAUACGAAUGUGACAGAUGUCAACCCCCCUUAUGGUGGAUACCCUAAAUUUGUAGCUCAGGGCUUCAAUGAGAACUUUCUACCCGUAUGGCUUCAAGAAGCCGGUUACAAUACCUACUACACGGGGAAACUAUUCAACGCACAUACUACUAAAAACUACAACAAUCCUCACGUUAAAGGGUUCACCACAUCAGAUUUCUUGCUUGAUCCCUGGACUUAUAACUACUUGAAUCCCGCCUAUCAGCGCAACCACGAACCCCCAAUCAUAUAUCACGGACAGCACACCAUUGAUAUUUUGAUUGAUAAGUCAAAUGCGCUCCUAGACGAUGCAAUUGCGUCCGAGAAACCAUUUUUCCUUGCCUUGGCGCCAGUAGCACCUCACAGCAAUGUCGAAGGCGAUAUCAGCGAUAUAAGUGAUAUCGAAAAAGUUACCUUCAGCGAGCCUAUUCCUUUGAAGCGACAUGAACACCUAUUCCCAGAUGCUAAGGUUCCAAGAACUCCACAUUUUAAUCCAGACAAACCGUCGGGCGUCAAUUGGAUCGCUGAACGCCCACAAUUAAACAAGACUUGGGUUGAUCACAACGAUUAUUACUACCGUCAGCGUCUCCGCGCUCUACAGGGAGUUGAUGAGCUCGUAGACGGUAUCUUUAAGCGUCUCGAAGAAAACGGACAAUUAGAUAAUACCUAUAUUUUCUACACUGCAGAUAAUGGAUUCCACGUUAGUCAACAUCGUUUGAAUCCCGGUAAAGAAUGUGGUUUCGAAGAUGACAUCCGCGUUCCGUUUAUCGUUCGCGGACCCGGGAUUGCGGAAGGCGCCGUGUCAAAUGCAGUUACGACUCACAUUGAUGUCGCCCCGACUCUCUUUGAAAUCGCAGGAAUCCCAUUGAGGGAGGAUUUUGACGGAUUGGCAAUUCCUCUUGAAAGGGUCAAGCAAGAAAAGAGACGUCAUGAGCAUGUCAAUGUUGAGUACUGGGGAUUUGCCGUCGAGGAGGGUAGCUACGGCGGCACUCUCUUCUGGAAUAAUACCUACAAGGCAUUGAGAAUCAUUGGUGAAAACUACAAUUUAUACUAUUCCGUUUGGUGUAACAACGAGCAUCAACUCUACGAUCUCACGUCUGAUCCAUUUCAACUACGCAAUAUAUAUCCGGGUUACGCCGAUCAUGAUUCGUCUCUCACAAUUCUCGGUGCUCCAUUGAUCCGCGUCAUUGACAGGUUGGAUUCUCUACUACUAGUAUUAAAAUCUUGCAAAGGAACAGUAUGCGUCAAACCAUGGCAGAAACUCCACCCAGAAGGAGAUGUAGAUGUUCUUCCCGACGCUUUGCAAGAGCAAUAUGAUACUUUUUAUAAGCACCAGGAAUCAGUUAGAUUUGAUAGGUGCGAGGCUGGGUAUAUUAUCGACGCUGAGGGGCCACAAGAUGCCCUGAGCUAUACUCGAAAUGGAAUACAUUGGAGUCAUUGGGUGUAA